CGCCAUUUUGCGCGAGUAGGAGCCGCCGUGGCUGCGGUGCCGCCUUGCCAGUCUAGACUCUGAAAGAAAAAGAGCCGCGCGUCGCGUCCCCAACACACGCCAAGGAGCGACCGAACCGGAGUUCCCGCCAGCGGGGACCCGGAACCGAUCUCACCAUGGCAUCCGAUGACUUCGAUAUAGUGAUUGAGGCCAUGUUGGAAGCCCCCUAUAAAAGGGAGGAGGUAAUAUCUCAUUUUAAUUUUUUUACAAAGGAUGAUGCUAGCAACACCGCCAGCAGCACCAGCAAUAGUGGCAAUGGAACCAGUGGAAGCAGUGCCAGUGGAGAGGCAAGCAAGAAAAAGAGGAGUCGGAGCCAUAGUAAAAGCAGGGAUAGAAAGCGCAGUCGAGACCGGGAUAGACAUCGGGGGAGAAACAGUCGGAGCAGAAGUCGAGAUAGAGAUAGAGAUAGAGAUCGAGAUCGAGAUCGCCAGCGGCGUCACCGUAGUAGGAGCUGGGAUCGGCGACGGAGUAGUGAGACACGAAGUUGGGACCGGAGGCGUGAAGAUCGUGUGCAUUAUAGGAGUCCGCCAUUUGCUCCUGGGCGAAGGUUUGGGCACAGUAAAAGUCCUCAUUUCCGAGAGAAAAGUCCUGUCAGGGAGCCAGUUGAUAAUCUGAGUCCUGAAGAGCGUGAUGCCCGCACAGUUUUCUGUAUGCAGUUAGCUGCUCGCAUUCGCCCUCGGGACCUGGAGGAUUUUUUCUCUGCAGUUGGCAAGGUUCGUGAUGUACGUAUCAUCUCAGAUCGGAACUCACGCCGCUCAAAGGGUAUUGCUUAUGUAGAAUUCUGUGAAAUUCAGUCUGUGCCCCUGGCCAUUGGGCUGACCGGCCAGCGGCUCUUGGGAGUCCCUAUUAUUGUACAGGCUUCACAGGCUGAGAAAAACCGGCUGGCAGCUAUGGCCAACAAUCUGCAGAAAGGCAGUGGUGGACCAACACGCCUCUGUGUGGGGUCUCUGCACUUCAAUAUCACAGAGGACAUGCUCCGGGGCAUCUUUGAGCCCUUUGGCAAAAUUGAAAACAUUGUCUUGAUGAAGGAUUCGGAUACAGGCCGCUCUAAAGGUUAUGGUUUCAUUACAUUCUCUGAUGCUGAAUGUGCCCGGCGGGCGCUGGAACAGUUGAAUGGCUUUGAACUUGCCGGUCGACCCAUGAGGGUUGGCCAUGUGACAGAACGAUCAGAUGGCAGCACAGACAUCACUUUUCCUGAUGGAGAUCAGGAACUGGAUCUGGGAUCAGCCAAUGGACGUUUGCAGCUCAUGGCCAAACUAGCAGAAGGUUCUGGAAUCCAGUUGCCAACAACAGCAGUUGCCGCUGCAGCUGCUCAGGCUGCUGCUGCUCAGGCCGCUGCCUCCCAGGCUGCUGCCUUACAACUGAAUGGAGCAGUUCCCUUGGGAGCUCUGAACCCAGCAGCUCUGACUGCUCUGAGUCCAGCUCUGAAUCUUGCCUCCCAGGCCAUUGCUUCCCAAUGCUUCCAGCUUUCCAGCCUUUUUACAUCCCAGACUAUGUAAAUCAGUGGCACAUUUUACUGCCUUCCUGAGCCUCUGGGUCCCGCUAAUUCGUUCUCCAAAUCUACCCUUCCAUGGCCCCUUCCUUAUUUUGUGGACCAACCCAUCGUGGACAUUGAUUCCGUAGGAAUUGGAGCUACCUUUAGGCACCAAGAAGAGCUCUUCCCACUGACCCUACUGAGAAUAGACUCUACUGAACCAAAGCCACUAGUCAAAGAGAAGAGAAUCUAUGCUGACAUCUGAUAGCUGUCUCUCAAACUAAAGGAUUGAUUUAAACUUCUCUGCUCCUCUACCUUAAUCCAACAAUAUAUCAAGGAAUACCCCUUAAGAUUUCUGGUCCAAGAGGACUUUGGAAUUUGGAGGGUGAACUCUGAAGGUGCUGGCUUCUACUGCAAGGGCCCUAGAAGGUAGUAAGGACAUAUGCGUUGUGACGCUUGCCUUAGGCCUCAACUUGGGGCCAGAACUAUUACUGUGGGCUCUCAGUACCUUGCUGGAAGGUAUGGGAUUGAACUACUGCCAGGCAUUUAAGGUGUUUUAAGGGCAUUCCGGAGUUAAGUGAAAGGUGGAACACCUUUCCAGUAUCUCUCAUCUUUGUAUAGUUCUUCCUUUGUGUAUAUCUUCCAAGAGAAAGAUAUAGGGAAUGCUACUCUUCACUAUUUCCUAUGUGCCUCUAUUGUGGGUUCAACCCUAGUUGUUAAAACUGCACCUGUCCCCUAUCUGGGUACAUGUGAGCCCUUCUCACUGAAUUUUAUACCCUUGUGUCUGUACAUAAUAUAUAUGAACUUUGUACAAAGGGCAGGCCCCACUGUGUCUCAACUGCUGUCCAUAUGUGUGUGGUUUUCUUCGGUUGGCGUGUCUGUCUGAUGUCAGCUUCUGAGCCAAAACCAUGAAUUAUUCUAGGGGUAUAAAAUAUUUGUAAUGC